AUAGACUAGUUCAUCAUGUAAAGCGCUUUGUGUUUAGAGCCAAUUUAGAAUGUACGGAUUUCUAUAAUUCAGCGUUGGCAGCAAAAUCUCUAACUGCAACAUUGCAUACAAACGAAAAUGGCGAGUAAAAGGUCAGAGGAUGUUUAUGGACAAAAGGUCGAUCGUUGUAUGUAUAAUGCUCUAAUUAAACUUGUUAGCGGUGUUGGUAUCGGCAUUGUUGUCUCUGCAUUUCUUUUCAAACGCAAGCCUUGGCCAGUCAUUCUUGGAGCUGGCUUAGGAACUGGAAUGGGAAUCUCUGACUGUAACCAUGAGUUCAAAGGUCAUGUCCCAGUGAAGCCAGUGCCAGUAGAACCUAAAGUGAUCUUCCAUAAGAAAAUACCUUUGGUGACUACCUUGGAAAACAAAGCUUCCCCUGUCAAAGAACUGCUAACCAAGAAGCCCAAAUUUAUUCACCGACCCAAAACUGAUGUUGAGAAACAUAGUGGGAAAAAAUUUAUGUACAGGGAAAUAGAUGACGAUGAUGAUGAUGAUGAUGAAGAGGAGGAUGAUGAUUGAACUGCUAUUGUGCAUGACAAUUAGGUAACAUCUGAGACAUCAUGAUUGACAACUGAGUGAAUUUAUUAACAUUGAUUGUGUCAUGCUGUACUAUUUUGAACUGUCUUCAAUGUGUAUUGAUUGAGAACAUUGCAAGAUGUAAUGUCUGUCUGUUGUCUUGGAAUAAGACAAAAGUUUAGUAGAAUUUCUUUUAUUUAUUGCUUUGAUAGAAUGAGUUGUGUACGGUAUUUGGCAUUGUGCUUAUUUUUUUCGUAUUUUUCAAUGCAAUAUGUUGACUCAAGAAAACUAUAAAAAAAAAAUUAAAAAGUAUACAAAAUGUA